CGUGCCUCAAAACCCAAAACAGUGUGCACUGCUGCUAGCUAAACGGGCAUAAUAGAAGAAAAGGCGGAGGGCCCAGCGGUUAUUCACUUACAUUAGCAAAGGUUGUUUUUACAACUGCAACAUCUUGUCUCUCCGCGCAACAUAUCUGUGUCUUGUGCCACCCACGUUUGGCCGCGGCUGUCUCAUGUUUUCGUCGAAUACUGACUGAAAGUCAGGUGGAGUUCGGUUGGAUGUGCGUGGCCGCCGGACGGGAGGCGCCAUGAGUGCGGAGUUGGAUGCGCUGGCGGUGGUGAACCAGCUGCGGGACCUCGCCGCAGACCCCCUCAACCGCAGGGCCAUCGUAGAGGAUGAGGGAUGUUUACCGGGGCUCAUCCUUUUCCUAGACCACCCGAACCCGCAGGUGGUCUACUCUGCAUUGCUGGCUGUGCGCUACCUGGCAGAAUGUCGAGCCAACCGGGAGAAGAUGAAGGGCGAGCUGGGCAUGAUGCUGAGUUUGCAGAAUGUCAUGCAGAAGAGCACGUCGCCCGGUGAAACCAAACUGCUGGCCUCGGAGAUAUACGAGAUCUUCCAGUCGGCCGGUAAAGAGGAAGCAGAGCAGGCAGAGGCGGCGGCCGCCUCAUGCCGACGGAAGGCUCAGUUCUUCCUGGGCUCCAACAAUAAGAGGGCCAAGACGGUCGUGCUGCACAUUGACGGCCUGGACGACUCGACUCGCAGGAGCUUAUGCGAGGAGGCCUUGCUGAAGAUCCGAGGGGUCAUCAGCUUUACUUUCCAGAUGGCCGUCAAGAGAUGCGUUGUCAGGAUCCGCUCUGACCUUAAAGCUGACGCGUUGGGUACAGCCAUCAACUCCACUAAAGUGAUGAAAGCCCAACAGGUGUUGAGGACAGAGGAUGGAGGAGAGCUGAUCAUGCCGUUCCAGGAGGACGGCGAGGGCACGUCGGUGGUGGAGGAGAACACGGACAUUCCGGACUACCUGCCCGAGGAGGAGAGUCCGUCGCAGGAUCCGGACAAGGCGGUGACGCGCAUGGGAUCUGUCGCGGACGGAAUGGGCUGGCUCAACACCGCCGCCAACUUCCUGACUCGUUCCUUCUAUUGGUGACCCCGCCACUCUCCCCAACAUUCUACCACAAUACCGAGUCAGCAUGAUUUACACACACGCACAGGCACGCACACAUCGAGCGAAGUUGUGUGCGUAUAUUAAGCGUACGCUAGCUAGCCGCUGUAUAUCCCAAACUAGAGGACUUGAAAUCAGCUGACACCAAGGAUGCUCAUACCAUGAAAUUGGGAGAUUUUUUUUUUUUUUUUUCUGCAUGACCCACCUCAUACCUACCAACGAGAAUAUUUAUCAUACUAAUAUUUUCACACUUUUAUUUUUCACUUUAACAUGCAUUAGUGCCAAUCUUGCCCCCACAAUUCUUUUGUGUGCCUUUUAUUUUUUUGGGGAACAUUUUUCUGUAUUUAUUCAUUUUUGGAGCAUCCUUAGAGAGCGCAGAAUAUGUGGCUUUUUCUUUUGGUGGCCAUUUUAAUCCCCCUAGAGCUGUAAUAAUAAUGAUAACACUUAAAAAU